GACUCUGCUGAUGAGAGCUGAAGCGCUUAGUGUGACUCCUUCCAGUAAGUUUGACUUUUACAACUUUUCUUGUUUCUUUGAGCAGUUUUGAACAUGGGUUUGACCAUCUCAAGCGUCUUUUCUCGCUUGUUUGGGAAAAAGCAGAUGAGAAUUCUCAUGGUUGGUCUGGAUGCUGCAGGGAAAACCACAAUCCUCUACCAACUCAAACUGGGAGAAAUAGUCACAACUAUACCAACUAUAGGUUUUAACGUGGAGACGGUGGAAUACAAGAACAUUUGCUUCACCGUGUGGGAUGUGGGUGGUCAGGAUAAGAUCAGGCCUCUUUGGAGACACUACUUCCAGAAUACCCAGGGUCUGAUCUUUGUCGUGGACAGUAACGAUCGUGAGCGAGCACAGGAAGCAGCAGACGAGCUUCAGAAGAUGCUUCAGGAGGAUGAACUGAGAGACGCCGUUCUAUUGGUUUUUGCAAAUAAACAAGAUCUACCAAACGCCAUGGCCAUCAGCGAGAUGACAGACAAACUCGGCCUGCAAGCACUCAGGAGCAGAACUUGGUAUGUCCAGGCGACCUGUGCGACUCAAGGGACGGGUUUAUACGAGGGAUUAGACUGGCUUUCCGAGCAGCUCUCCAAACGCUAAACUGCACUUCCUGUCCAAGCAGGAUGUGUGCUGUUCCAAAGGACAUGAUUAGCGGAGUUGAUGUGGCACAUUUUCAGUUGAUCGCUACCAAAAAUCUGCCUGCUGCUGAUGUCAAUCUUCAGCAGUGCUUUUUAACAUUUUGUUCCCUUUUUUAGUUCAUUGCACCUUUGACCUCCACUGACAUUUCUCCCAGAUUCAUUCCACUUGAUGCGUGUAGCCUUAUAGUCUUCUGUAGAUCUGACCACAGUAUGAAAAAUACUAGAUUUGUUAAGAAGCGCUUGCAGUACUUCUGGGUUCUUGUUACAGUAAGCAUAAACAUCAAGCAUUGUGUUAAAGCGAUAGUUCACCCAAAAAUGAAAAUUCUGUCAUC